CUCUCUGCAUCUACGAUCAGGUUGUGCAGGUUUGGUGACUUUGAAGCAGGAGCUGUAGGGAAGGAGUUGAGUCGGAGGAGGGGAGAAUAAUAAUAGUAGGAGGAGGAGGAGGGAGAUCCUGGUGCUCGGCUGACGUUGCAUGGGAUACACCAUCACAGCCUCCCCCCAUCCACAGGCCCUGGGAUCGGUGCUCGAAAGGCAGCCAUUGAAUCAGUCGCGUUUGCUGCAUCCCAGGUGUCUGCCAGAUCCUCAGACAUGGACGGCCACAAUUACCAUUACUCACGGGAGUUUUAUGACCAAUAUGCACAAAGCCAAGACAAGUCAGUAGUAAAUAAGAUGCAGCAGAAGUACUGGAAGACAAAGCAGACUUUGAUAAAAGUCACUGGGAAGAAAGAAGAUGAGCAUGUCGUCGCUUCUGAUUCAGAUCUAGAUGCUAAACUAGAGCUUUUUCAUUCAAUUCAGAGGACAUGCAUGGAGUUACUGAAAGUGAUUGAGCAGUAUCAGAAACGCAUCUGCUUCUUAUCGCAAGAAGAAAAUGAAUUGGGAAAAUUCCUUCGCUCACAAGGAUCUCAGGAUAAAACCAGGGCAGGGAAAAUUAUGCAGGCGACUGGGAAGGCUCUGUGCUUCUCUUCUCAACAGAGGCUGUCUUUGAGAAGCCCGUUAUCCAGACUCCACCAGGAGGUGGAGACCUUUCGAUACAGAGCUAUCUCAGAUUCAUGGCUGACAGUUAACAGGAUGGAGCAGUCUAGGACUGAAUAUCGAGGAGUGUUGCUCUGGAUGAAGGAUGUAUCUCAAGAACUGGACCCUGAUACCUAUAAGCAGAUGGAAAAAUUCAGAAAGGUCCAGGCGCAAGUACGCCACACCAAAGCUGCCUUUGAUAGACUGAAGACAGAUGUAUGUGAAAAGGUGGAUCUGCUGAGAGCUAGUCGAUGCAACCUCCUAUCUCAUGUCUUAACUACAUACCAGACCACACUACUUCACUUUUGGGAAAAAACCUCACACACUAUGGCAGCAAUCCAUGAGAGCUUCAAGGGUUACCAGCCAUAUGAAUUUACCACAUUAAAGCCUAACAAUAGGAAGCCAGGAGCAUCUCCGUGUUCUGCAGACCAGAGUCUACAGGAUCCUGUGGACAAACUAAUAAAGCAAGAGGAGGAGAAGGAGAAAGGCAAAGAGGAUCCUGCUGCAAAACCAGACGAUGAGCUCAUUUCUUUAGAUGACAUGCAGCAGACUGAGGAAUCUGGAUCACCAGGUGAAACAAACAAAGGAAACAUAUCCAGCUUUGAUGAGUUUCUCCGGGAGAAUUCAGUAGGUGCACUAGAUGAUUUAUUGGAUCUGAAACCGGAGGAGAAAAUGUUCUAUGAAGAAGCUGCAGUUCCCAAAGACCCACUUGAUCCUGACGCUGGAGAUAAAGAUGAAAUGCAGCUGCUGAAUGAUAUUCUAGGUGCUUCUUCCUUGGAGGGUGACGAUCUUGGCAAAGAGUGGGCGUCAGUAUUUGGAGAUGCGAUGCCCAGUCCUCAUCCUGUGAGCCCGGGAGCAAUAAACCAGGAACAACACUCUGAUUCAUCCUCUGGGUUCCUUCCUUCUCAGCUCCUAGACCAAGACAUGAAUGACUUACUGUCCUCAUUGCAGGGUGGCUGGACGGCCAACAGUGGGGCUUCAUCUAGUCCAGCAGCUCCCCCUCCCAACAGCUUCAAUUCCAGUGCUAACAAGGCACCAGCAAAAGAUGUCUCUAAAACUGCAGGAUCCAAAGAUCUGAGCGCUUGGUACAACCUCUUCGCUGACCUCGAUCCCUUGUCCAAUCCUGAUGCCGUUGGGAAAACCGAUAAGGAACAUGAACUGCUCAAUGCCUAAUUCCAGCCCUGGGGAAGCAGAAGAAACUAGGAGAAAUCAAUUGCCGGCCGGCUCCUUUUGUACAAUAACCUGUUGUUUUGUUGUGAGUUGCACAAGGGAAAGUUUCCCCACUGAUCCCCUGCAUUUGCCAAAAGAAACCCAAACACUAUGUUACGGGGAUUCUACUUGCAACUUAUCUUUUAGAAGUGUCUUCAUGAGAUGAAUACAGAAAGGCUGCUCGGCUUUUUUUAAGUGGAAGCCGGAACUAUAAGAUCCAUGCCCUGGGCUCUGUCCAUGUGUACUCAAUUGUGCAGUUAUUCAGUUCGAGACUCCAGGUCCCACCGGGCACAUAUAAAACACACCGAAUAUAAUCUCCUGACCUUUGCCUGUUGUCAUGAGCUUGUCGGCAGUGUCAUUCCAGAAAUCCUUUAAUAAAACUGGUUUUUGUCAA